GAUCUUUUUUAAGCCGAAAGGCUCUGAUCUUUAAUCGUGCUACUCAUAUCUUCAGUCAUGUCUGGUCGCGGAAAGCAGGGAGGCAAGGCCCGCGCAAAGGCCAAGUCGCGUUCGUCCCGCGCAGGCUUGCAGUUCCCGGUAGGGCGAGUGCACCGCCUGCUGCGCAAAGGCAACUACGCUGAGCGUGUGGGGGCCGGCGCGCCCGUCUACAUGGCGGCGGUUCUGGAGUAUCUGACAGCCGAGAUCCUGGAGCUGGCCGGCAACGCGGCGCGAGACAACAAGAAGACGCGCAUCAUCCCUCGUCACCUGCAGUUGGCCAUCCGCAACGACGAAGAACUGAACAAGCUGUUGGGCAAGGUCACCAUCGCCCAGGGUGGCGUUUUGCCCAACAUCCAGGCCGUUCUAUUACCAAAGAAAACCGAAAGCCAUAAAGCCAAAAGCAAAUAAAGCCUUUUCAAAGUAAACCAAAGAACAAAGGCUCUUUUUAGAGCCACCCAA